CGAGCGGGCGAUUUUCCCGGCCCGCCCCCCGCCCCGGCUCCUGAAAGCUAAAGCGUGGCAGGGGCCGGGCCGGGGAAGCGGAGGAGGCGGGUCUCCAUAGAGACCUCCACCUGUUUCCGGCCAGGCUGUGCGAGAUUAGGGGCUGCUGCGGGGGCCAAUCUCAGCCAGCUCGCCUUUUCCCGGCGGCCUCUGCGGGAGCGGUGGGUGUUGUACACAAUCAUCAUGGCGGCGGCCGGAGCCCCGGAUGGCAUGGAGGAACCUGGCAUGGACACGGAGGCCGAGACGGUGGCGGCCGAGGAGCCCGCGCGGCCCCUCAACUGCAUGGAGGCCGAAGCCGCGGCGGGGGCGGCGACCGAAGACUCCUGCGCCGCGCGAGGCAGCCUGCAGCCGGCCCCGGCCCAGCCCCCUGGGGACCCCGCGGCCCAGGCCUCGGUCAGCAACGGCGAAGACGCGGGCGGCGGCGCGGGGAGGGAGCUGGUGGACCUGAAGAUCAUCUGGAACAAGACUAAGCACGACGUGAAGUUCCCCCUGGACAGCACAGGCUCCGAGCUAAAGCAGAAGAUUCACUCGAUUACAGGUCUCCCGCCUGCCAUGCAGAAAGUCAUGUAUAAAGGACUCGUCCCUGAGGAUAAGACGUUGAGAGAAAUAAAAGUGACCAGCGGGGCCAAGAUCAUGGUUGUUGGCUCCACGAUAAAUGACGUUUUAGCGGUCAACACGCCCAAAGAUGCUGCCCAGCAGGAUGCGAAGGCGGAAGAGAGCAAGAAGGAGCCUCUCUGCAGGCAGAAACAACACAGGAAAGUCUUGGAUAAAGGAAAACCCGAAGAUGUGAUGCCAUCUGUUAAGGGUGCCCAGGAGCGCCUGCCAACGGUACCCUUGUCCGGCAUGUACAAUAAGUCCGGAGGGAAAGUGAGACUCACCUUUAAGCUAGAACAAGACCAGCUGUGGAUUGGCACUAAAGAGCGGACUGAGAAAUUGCCCAUGGGCUCCAUUAAAAAUGUGGUCAGUGAACCUAUCGAAGGACAUGAGGACUACCACAUGAUGGCGUUUCAGUUGGGCCCCACGGAAGCCUCUUACUACUGGGUGUACUGGGUUCCAACUCAAUAUGUGGAUGCAAUCAAAGACACUGUGCUGGGGAAGUGGCAGUAUUUUUGAAAGCACUUUCACCUCUGGCCCAGGAGACUGACCCAAAGUGAAGGACAUUGCUGGGAGAGGCCUGCAGCAUCCCUGGAUUUCAGAGUUCUGGAACUUUGUUCAAAAAAAAAAAACCUAUUUCCAGUCUAAGGCGAUGUGGUGACUGAAGCCAGAGGUGAUGUACUUUCACCAUUAGCUUAAUUUUAACUUAAAAUCACCUGUUCCCUUUCUUGCAGUCAGCUUCAUACCAUUUUUAAAGUCAAUACAAUGGAAAUCAAUAAAUCUGAAUUCCGAACACGUUGUGUGGAAUACUCUUAAGUGUGUUUGAGAGUAGAUCUGCCAAUUUUGUUUAGAAAGGAUUGAUCGAAAGCUUUCUGGUUUUUUUUAAGUGAUUUCAACUGAAAUAUUUUCAUAAAUCUUUGGUUGCAAACAUUUGGACUGCAUUGUAAUGAGUUGGGGUGUUUUUUUUUUUUUCUUUUUCAUAUAAAAUUGUAUGCAAAAUGGGGGGGUUAGUAAGCCAUAUUUUUCUGUCCAUUGAUUCAGAUUGAAUUCUUUCCCUUUUUUAUUUUCUCACUUCCUAGAUUUGAGUUUUUGUUUAAAAACCCAAAGAUGUCAGUUCCUCUUUUUGUACCUCAUCAAUGCUUCCUUUCCUGGCCUCUCUCCCACCAUGCUGCUGCUUGUGAACGUGCGGUGGGAGAGGAAGAGCUGUCUGGUCCAGGUCGGGGAGCCCUCACACUCGCUGUGGUGUUUGCUGAGCAGCAGAGUCUCUCACGGUGACUCCUGUCUAAACAUCUUGCCCUGUGGGCCUUGAUCUCUGGGGAGUUCCACUGCUGGCUUGAUGGUGUCUGCAGCUCUCACUGAUUGGGCCUUAAGGCCCAGCCUGGCAUGGGUGUGCCUGGGCUGUGCUGCUCAAAAGCCGCAGCUCCCAGGCUGACAGAGGCCUCUUUGAGGAGGAGCCAGGUGUAAGACAGUUUAUACAGCCAUACAGCCACAGACCCAGAUCCUUUUUCUUCAGAAGUUUCAAGAAAUUCUUAGCAGUCCACUGAUGAUUUCAAUUAUGCUUCUCCAUGUUUUCCUUCUGCUCAUGCAUUAUGUUCAAGUGUCCUUCAUCCCAGGUUCAGAGAUGCUGCCUUUCUCGAUAAGAAGACGUCUGACCUAGUGGGUUGGUCGAUGUAUUUAAACAUCGCAGAUGGGAUAAACUGCUUUUGUUAUUAGCUCACCCUCUUCUGGUUUUAGCCCUUACGUUCUUUGUACAUGUGAACUUCUGUUGUCUCCUUAUGACUUGAUUGACUCUGAAAUGAGGACAACUCUUUUGGUGAAUGAUAUCCUUUGUGCUCUUUGCUGUUUCUCUGCUGCUGUCUCUGCAAUUCUCCUCUCACUGGUUGCAGGCUCUCAUAGUAAGGUUUGGCGAGAGAUUUUCCAAACUUCACGUUUUGGAUUCUAGGCUGUUUACCCCUCAUUCUGUGAAAUGUAUUAGCAUGUGUUCGCUUAAGAUGACUAUUCCUUGUGAGCCAGUUAAUGAUGAUAUUCUACGCCCUUCCCUUCUAAGCUGUAGUUCAGGAAUCCAGCCCAUAUAGACAGACUCGUGCUUUUCAUGGUGUAGUCAAUGCCAAGUUAUGCCUCUGGGCAGGAAAAUCGACUCUUGCUUUUUUGGGGGCAUAAGUACGUAUGUGAAGUGUAGCACCCAAGAGGCGGCCUCUUUUUCAUCCCUUAAAGAAGGAGCAGUAACUGCAGCUUUUUUGUCCUUGUUGGCCUGUAGUUCCUGGAGAAAAAAGUGCUUCUUUGCUACUUGUCGAAGCCUCCCUCUGCAGUUGACAGGUCUACAGAGGAAACGAUGGUGUAGCAAGCAGAGCGUCAUCUCCAUUUGAAUACUGCCCUUGUUGGCCAGCGCCCCUGUCCUGGAGAUUUGUCCUGACAGUGCCACACACCCCCUUUUGUUCUCUCGAAGCAGGCAUCUCUGUCCCCAGACUGGCCUCGCAGUGCUGCUCUCAGAGGCCCUCCCCGCCAGGUCUCUUCAUUUGCCUCCGGUGCCAUCUGACGUCCCUUCCUCCCAGUGAGAGCGUGUGUUCCGUAGUCUCCCUGCUUCCCAAGGGCCAAACCGCUUCUCACUCAGGCUGGCGUCAUUUCAGGACAGGACCAAAGCCUGUGUGAGCCUUUUUAUUUUAAGUAAAAUGGUGCUUUUUUCCUUACUUCAAGAUAUUAUAUAUAAAUAAUAAUGUAAAUGACAUCUUUUCGUACAGAGCUGUUUGGGUAUUGCAUCACAGAGCUCACUAAAUCUACUAGAACAAUCUUGAGCUCUGGCUCCUGGCCCUGUCUGCAUGGAGACCUUGCUGGAAGCCCUCAGGAGAGCAGAGGGGGACAGCACCAGAAGCCACUGGGAGAAGUAUUUGAUUUGGGU